GCUUUACAACAUUUCUAACUUGUCUCCGCAAAGGACAUUGUGGCUUAAAAAAAAGUAGUUUUUAUGGUUUAAAAAUUUUGUGACAACGUGUGUUUUCACGAGAAGAGUGUUAUACCAGUGACACGACUUUGAAAUGAGAAAUGAAACGAAAGGGGAAGUGAAACUUAAGGCUGUUGUCGUGAAACGAAAACAGCGAAGACAUAACAGAAAGCAAACUCUGAAGUUGCUUAAGAAGUGAAGGACCACCUGGCAUCAGCAACAUGACCUCAACAAACUACCAAUACUACAUCUUAACUAAGAAGCAUCAAUUCCUAGAACACGUCAAAGCAGGACGAAUAUGUUACAUCCGUGAACACCGUCUCAGAGCAGAACUCAAUUCAUCUCACCCUCUCAAAAAGUUACCUGUCUUCCCAAUGGGUUUACGUGCACCGUUAGAUUAUAGCAUAGAGAUCAGCAGUAUGGAGGAGCUAAGUGUACAGGAGGCUGAGCUGCUGCAGGCCCUGUCUGAAGACACCGAGAGGCUGAAAUGGUUCGAACAGAGACAUGCCCUCAAGACAGCACUGGGGCUCACUGUGGGCACUGAGGUCACUGUGGAGGAAGAGGGCAAGAAGCUGAGAGGCAUCGUCCGCUAUGUUGGACGCAUCACAGAGCCAGCCUAUCCCGAUGUCAUAUCAGGAACAUUCUUUGGGAUUGAGCUACAGGGAGAAGACAGAAAGAAGGGCAACACUGAUGGGUCCUUUGGGUAUAGAACAUUUUUCUCGUGUGACAGAAAGUGUGGCAUUUUUGCCCCAUUCUCCAGAGUCAGGCCUUUGGUCCCCAGCUCCUUGUCGCCGACUCAUCCUGAUCCGUCCCCACAGCCACAAUCAGAUGAGCUAACGCCAGGGGACAGAGUCACAUACUUCAUCAAUGACACAUGUCGCCAUGGAAUGGUGGUGGAUGUUCAGGAAAAGGAUGGACAACACAUGGUUCAGAUCUCCACGGACAAAGAUGAAACUGGGAAGACGGGUGGCGAAGUUAAAGUUCCCCUUCAUAUGGUGGCUAAGGGAGAGGUGCCUGCAGAACCAGAGAGCAUGGACAUUGAUGAGCCCCCGGUGCAGAGAGACACUGAUGAUCAGUGCAUGAGUCUGAGUGUGAACUCUGUGGUCGAGGUGACGUUGGGUGCAGGCAAUUUACAUGGAAUCAUCCGCUGGAUGGGCAUUCUCCCUAACCGAAGUGAAACCAUGGUCGGAUUAGAGCUGGAGGAAGACAAAGGAGUGAGUGAUGGCACUUUCAGAAAUGAGCGUUAUUUCGAAUGUCCUCCCAAAAGAGCUCUGUUUGUAAAGCUGAGCUCCUGCCGUCCUGACUCACGCUUUCAGAGCUUUUCAGACAAUCACACCGAGGCGAUGCCAAUGCUCAAAGACAAAGAGGAAGAGACUGAGCACAACAUAGGGACUCUGGACCCUGUCCUUCCUCUCACCACGGAGCAGAUUCACCAGUUUCUGAUUGGAAGAAUGAAGGGGAUUCAAGGGCACUGUAACUCCUGCUAUAUGGACGCUGCUCUCUUCAGUUUGUUUUCCUGCUCCUCUGUGUUGGACUCCAUGCUGUUCAAAUCAACUGCACCUCAGGAUGCCCCAAUCCAGAAAACUCUGCUCCAUGACAUUGUCAACCCCCUCCGCAGUAAGGGCUUUGUGGAUGGACGGCACAUCAUGAAGCUCAGGCAGCUGCUGCAGAAACACGGCUACAGUCACUCCUUCACCACGGAUGAGAAGGAUCCAGAGGAGUUCCUCAUCGUCAUCAUGCACCACAUUCUUUCCCUGGACCCUCUGUUAAAACUUUCAGCCGGUGGUAAAGUGCAGGAGAGUUACUGCUAUCAGAUCUUCCUGGAUCAGAACCAUAGUCUGCUUCUGCCCACUGUCCAGCAGCUCCUGGAACAUUCCUUCCACAGUGCAGGACUCAAGCUGGCAGAGGUGCCAUCCUGUCUUAUCCUCCAGAUGCCUCGCUUUGGGAAGAAAUUUAAGAUGUUUGACAAAAUUAUUCCCUCUCUGGAGCUGGACAUCACUGACCUGCUCUCUGAAGGUCCUCAGCAGUGCAUGCUAUGUGGAAAAGUGGCUGAGCAAGAAUGUGCAGACUGUUUCAGAGAUCCAGUUUUCAGCACGACAGGAUUCAAAGUCUUUUGCAUGUCGUGCUCAUCUAAGGUGCACUCUCAUCCUCAGCGUAGAUCCCAUCAGCCAGCUCGCCUGGACAUCCCCAAAGGUUACCUGGGUCGCGGUAUUCCUCGUGCUCUGACCAGGGACAAACUAGAGCUGUUUGCUGUGCUCUGCAUCGAGACGAGCCACUAUGUGUCCUUUGUCAAACACGGACCAAACAGCAGAGACUGGAUCUUCUUUGACAGCAUGGCAGACAGACAAGGAGAGAGAGAUGGCUUCAACAUCCCGGAGGUGCAAGCCUGCCCAGAGGUCGGUACGUACCUGGAAAUGACUCCUGCCGAGCUGGCCAGUCAGGUGCCUCGAGACAUGAAAGGUGUGGCUAAGCGCCUUUUCUGUGACGCCUACAUGUACCUGUACCAGAGCACCAGCAUGUGCCUCUAUCGCUGAUUGUCUCAUUACUUCUCCACACAGGACAAUUCUGUGUAUUCACUGACAUUUUGUCCAUAAGAAAAAAAAAAAGAAAAAUGUUUUGAUUUCUUGCAGUUGAUUCAAUUUUCUUUUGCUGGACUACUUUAUUUAAGUGAUUGUGUGGUACGCACACACUUAUUUAAAACUUGUUUAUACAGACAAGUGACAAAUUAAAGGAAAAAUCCUGAACCCCUGACCGUGAUAAUGAGGGGAUCCGGUGUCUCUAUUAGACUGGAUUAUCUUUAUUCUUUGAUGAAGCGUUUCUGUCCUGAUUGGAGUCGUCUCCUCCAGGAGGAAAAUGCAUCCAUCUGUUGAGCAUUAGAGCUCACUGAAUAGUUUGAUGAAAUGAUGGGAAUCACAUGAUGCUCUUCAGUCACCAAAUCUCAACUAAGCUGAACAUGAAUGCCAGAUUUUGGACCGGUGUGUUUGACAGUGCUCUCCACCACCACAGCCAAAUAAUUGAUUAUCUGUUAGAAGAAUGGUGUUCAUCCCUGUCAAAGAGUUCCAAUACUUGGAGAAUCAACACCAGAUGAACUGAUGCUGUUCUGGCAGCAGGAUAGUGGCCCAGUCGCCUACUAAGACAAUUUAUGUUUCUUUUCCCUUUCAUUUUUCAUGUGUCUGAAUAUAUAAUUUUCUGCUCUGGUGUUGGGAAAGUAUUAUUACGCUUGAAUAAUUUAUAACAAUGUUGUUUAACUUCUGUAAUAUUAUAAGAAGGAAAGGACAAAUGGUGUGAAUCACAUGAUGGUCUGACAAACUGACAUUGCUUUCUUAGUAAUUUUGCACUAUGACAAUCACCAACAUGCAGCCUGUGAUGGGCAUGCUGCAUUGCAAUUUAGAGAUGCUGUUUUGUGUUUCCUCUUUUUGUUUGCAAAUUACCUUUAGCUAAAUGUAUAACUCCUACAUUAAGAGUAAAUGAGUUUGCAGUAAACUGCAGAACAAAUAUUUGGCAUGGCUGUAAUAGAUGGCACUGCACAAUACUAUUGUAAAUAUACUAUAUUUAAUUUACUCAGAAAGCUCACCAUUGGAACUUAAUGUUUUUCGGCAAGGUUUAGAAUGGUGUCUGGACCAAUUACUAGAUAUAUUUUAGUACACUUUUUCAAAUUUUGCUGUUUUUCAAAUUCUAUUAUUUGAAUUUCACCUCAGGAAAUAUGAUAUUUGAUAUGAAGUCCUUUUUUUUUCUUUGCAUCUAUCAGCAUCCUAAGUGGUGUGAUGUUUUGGAUAAGAUUAGAUAUUAUGCAGUUUAUUGCAAGAUUGGGAAAACUGCACUCUCGGGGUCCUGGCUGAGCUUGUGGCCUUUUCUAUUUUUACUGUAUGUUUGUUGCGACUGGUUCUGAUAUGCAGUGCAAUACUUAUAAUGAAUAAAAACGUAGUUAAACA